AUGCAAAAAGGAUCUCCUAUUCUCCAUGGCGAGAUGGAUGCAUUGGAGAAUGCUGGUCGUCUGAAAGGAGAAGUGUACAAGGGUGCUACUAUGUACACUACGUUAAGUCCUUGUCAUAUGUGUACCGGUGCCUGUUUAAUGUAUGGUAUCAAGAGAGUCGUUAUGGGCGAGAAUGAGACAUUUAUUGGAGGAGAAGAUCUCUUGAGAUCCAAGGGAGUAGAAGUCAUCAACAUCAAAUCUGGCCAGUGCAAGAGAAUGAUGGAUAAGUUCAUCAAAAAGGCACCUAAAGAGUGGUUCGAGGAUAUUGGAGAGGUCGAAGACGACAACGAGGGUGAAAAGGAAGCAGAUAUUCCCGAGGAUCUGGAUUCUGAAGGAUCAGAGGCUGAAAACUAA